GACGCAUGCAGUUGGACCCGCCUCCUCUGUGACCGUAGUCGCUUCAACAGAAUUUUUUUUAAGUUCCUGGGGGAAGGUACAGUGAACCCGGACAAGCGAGGGAAUCGGGGUCAAAACUGUACCUUAAGGAUAUAUAUUCAUGUUAUAGCAUUCCCCAGAAGACCGACAUAAAAACAAGCUGCAACACGGAAGGUCUUGACUGCCAGAGAACGUCAAAAAUACACGUAAAAUGGCGGAGCCGGACAAAUUAAACAUCGACUCGAUAAUUCAGCGCCUCUUGGAAGUGAAGGGCUCCCGUCCGGGGAAGAACGUGCAGCUGACGGAGGGGGAGAUCCGCGGCCUCUGCCUCAAAUCUCGAGAGAUCUUCUUGAGCCAGCCCAUCCUCCUUGAGCUCGAGGCGCCGCUCAAAAUCUGCGGCGAUGUCCACGGUCAGUACUACGACCUGCUGCGGCUCUUUGAGUACGGAGGCUUUCCCCCCGAGAGUAACUAUCUGUUUCUGGGUGACUACGUGGACCGAGGGAAGCAGUCGCUGGAGACCAUCUGCCUCCUGCUGGCCUACAAAAUCAAAUACCCUGAAAACUUCUUCCUGCUGAGAGGGAACCAUGAGUGUGCCUCUAUCAACCGCAUCUAUGGCUUCUACGACGAGUGUAAGCGGAGGUACAACAUAAAGCUGUGGAAGACCUUCACAGACUGUUUCAACUGUUUACCUGUGGCCGCCAUCGUCGACGAGAAGAUCUUCUGCUGUCACGGAGGCCUGUCCCCAGACCUGCAGUCGAUGGAGCAGAUCCGCAGAGUGAUGAGGCCCACAGACGUGCCGGACCAGGGGCUGCUCUGCGACCUGCUCUGGGCGGACCCCGAUAAGGACGUGCUGGGCUGGGGCGAGAACGACCGCGGAGUGUCCUUCACCUUCGGAGCCGACGUCGUGGCAAAGUUUCUCCACAAACACGAUAUGGAUCUAAUAUGCAGGGCGCACCAGGUGGUAGAAGACGGUUACGAGUUUUUCGCAAAGAGGCAGCUGGUCACUUUGUUCUCGGCUCCAAACUACUGCGGCGAGUUCGACAACGCCGGCGCCAUGAUGAGCGUGGAUGAGACGCUCAUGUGCUCCUUUCAGAUUUUGAAGCCAGCCGACAAAAAGCUGUACCCGUACGGAGGAGGGGGCGGCCUGGGCUCCGGUCGACCCGUCACCCCCCCACGAAAUUCAGCCAAGGCCGCCAAGGCUAAAAAAUAACACCCACUGUCUCACCACCAUCACAGCGCCCCCUAGCUGUCCCGCUCCGACAUUACACCCCCUUUUCCAUCUGUCUUUUUCUUUCUUUCUCUCUCUCUUUCUCUUUCUCUCUCUCCUCUACCUCCCUCCCUUCUUCAGCAACAGACGCGUGAUAAACCAGGGUUCAAUCGUGGUUCUUCUGGACAGGACUAUUUUUAAACAAAUGUUGCUGAAUUUUUUUGAGUGCGUGUACAAAGCGAAAUUGCUGUAUUGUAUGUUUGUGUAACUUUUUCUUGUUUUUGUUUAAAGUCACAGACCAGUGUUUUGCCAGAGAAGGUCAAAUUUAACGUGAAGCAGUUGGUGAUUUAUGGUAGAUACGUUUUAGCGUAUGUCUAGGUUGGAGAAGCAGAAAGGUACUACAAUUACUACUACUACUUUUUUUUAAGUUUUCUACUUUAUUAUGUUCUUCACCCAUCAAAAACGUGCCUGAAGAGAUUUUAGUAAUUUAAUGAUCUCUCCCAGGCACUAUUCAAACCCUCCUUACGGUUAGCUGUACGUUUCUGUACGAGGCUCCGCCCACAAGCCUACGUCACCCAUGCUCCCAACAUGACAAUUCUCCAUAAAUAUACAAAAAACAUGAUACAAAACUGUACACAGCAACUUGACAAACCUGAUGUGAUGUGCAGUAGUUUCAUUAGCGGGAUGUACGCUGAUUGUGUUGUGAUGGUGCUCUGAAGGGGGAGUGACUUAGCGCUGGGAGCAAAGGGAGGGAGGACUCAGAGCGUGAGAAACCAAAGUGAAACAUAAAACAUGUUAAUACGUUGUUUUAGACAAAUAUAGCAUUUUCAAAACAAUAGAAGGUAACACGGUGAUCUACGGGGCAUUAACUGCUUAAACAUAACAUUUGUAAUACUUAAAGCAGUGAUUGUGGAAAGCUAUCACCUUGAGAACAACAAAAUAACGUUGCAUUGAAUACGCCAUUGCCACAAAUAAAUCAAGUACCUGUCUGCUCCUCCAAAGCUGGGUUAUACUUUUAACUAUCUACUUUAGGGACCAGGUCUAUCUAAAAUAAUCCUACUUUUCCAAAAUACUGGCCUCUGCCUUAAAAUCAUUGUAAAUCUACGGUGGCCGUUGGGGGACAAAAUGCUGGGAUAUAUUUGUGGCCACUGGGAGCACAUGAAACCACUCUGGGGUUGCACUAGUGGAGCUAUGUGCAGCCUGAAUUGUAAAUUAAAUAUACUAUAAUACGAAUGAAUUUUUUUUUUUUGCAACUUUACUUCCCCUAAACUUUUAUUUUGAAAAACCCCAAUGAGUAAAGAAUGCGAUCGAGGAUGUGAAAUAGUAAUUUUUUGUUUGUUUCAUUGUUUUUGUAGAUACUUGGAAUGGGCAUUCUUGUUUUGAGUUAACAUUAAGUAAUUAUUAACUUUUUAAUUUUAAUUCACAACAUCCCUUAGCCAUUUGCAUCUCGCCUUUAGUAGAAACUACCAUUUUUUAUUAAUAUUUGAACUGUGUAACUUUUCUGGGAGAUCCGCUACCUGCUUGUUUCUAUGAAGAUGUUAUUACUUUGCUUAGAAUGUUCCACAGUAUGGCAUUAAACACUAAACAUGGCAUUUAAAGGUCCUAUAUUACGCAAAAUGGACUCGUGUGAGUUUUUAGUCAUGUUACAGUGCUGUUCCCUCCUUAAAAACAAACCUGGAGUUGUGUUUUGUUUGUUUUACAUGUUUGAGUAACUCUUUAUUAUUAGUCUGUCACAUCUCCAAAGUUCAAAAUCCUCUGUUCCACCUUGUGAUGUCAUGAAGCUGUAGUUUUCUACUUAACAGCUCCUUUUACCUUUAGUUCAGGAGACAUUGGCAAUUCCAGAUGAUUCUAGUGAAGGUGCGUGGAGUUUAAAAACACUGUGGAGCACUUCCUGUAUUACCACAUGACAUCACAAGGUGGAACAGAGUGUUUUCAGUUUGAGAGAAGAACUCCGCCUAAAUAUACAGGGUUUGUGUGAAUGAAACAAAACACAACUCCAGCUCUGUUUGUGAGAUCAGAAAAUGGAGUAAUAUGGGCCGUAUAAUUACUUGGAAAAACAUGGACUCUCCUAUCCGUAGAUGUGACCUGUAAUUUGUCCAGGUGGGCAGCUGCUUCUCUCAAUGAAGAUAGAUUAGUUUAAUACCGUACUGUGGAACACUCCAGGCAACUCAAUCAAUUACAUCUCCAUGGAAACCAAAAGGUGGUAGACCAGUCCAUUAGAAAAUUUACUCAGUGUUGCAUUGUAGGAAGUUUGACCCACUUCAUGAGAGAUUGCUCUUUAUCUCAAGUACAUUUAAACACGAAAUCUUAUAUAAAAAAUGUUGUAAAAAGUGAAAUAUUUAAACUUGGACCUAAAAGUGCUCUAUCGAUUACAUUAAGUGGCAUUUGUGUGGAAGAAAAUGAAGGAUCGCUAUUGGCACCUACUGUGUAUUUAACUUAAAAUCUAUGAAUGUUUUGAGAUAUUAAAAUUAGCUUCACUAUGUAGAUUCUUGUACGACGCCAAACGAAAAAAAAAAAAAACGCUUUUCAAUUUAAUAUCUUAGGGCUACGAUAGGACAGCUAACGAAAUAAUGUGAACUCAUGAUUUUAGUUUCGAACCUGAUCUGUUCUGUAAAUGUGCUUCUCCUCUGUACUGUCCUUUCUGUCGCGUUUAGUUCAUCCAAUGGCAAACAGGGUUAUCCCAAAACACAAUCUCUACCUUUCUACAAUAUUAUUACACACCAACUAGCCAAUGCAUUCAAACCACUGAUGGGUGAGGUUUUACAGCUGAGGAAUAUAGCAAGUUGUGUUUGAAAUAAGCAGGAAAACUGAGUAAGGAUUUGAGCAAGUUUGACAGAUGGGUAUUCUUGGUCUACACUGGUCAAUAUCUAGAAUGGCGAUUUUAGACCUAGUUUAUUGCUGUUUUGGUCCUGGUUUAUUGCUGUUUUGGUCCUGGUUUAGACCUGGUUUAGACCUGGUUUAGACCUGGUUUAGACCUGGUUUAGACCUGGUUUAGACCUGGUUUAGACCUGGUUUAGCGCAGCUGUUGUGGAAUGUUACUGGUCUCUAUUGGUCAGUAUAUAAGUACGGUUUUAGACCUGGUUUAGUCCUGGUUUAGUCUUGGUUUAGUCCUUUGUUGGACCUGAUUAUUUUCUGGGGUAGACCAGUUUUAGACCUGGUUUACUACAGCUCUUGAAGGCUGUUCCCAAUGUCUUGUGGCCAGUAUCUAUUAGAAAAGCUUCAGACCUGGUUUAGUACCAGGUUAGACCUUCGUUUAGACCUUCGUUUUAGACCUGUUUUAGUCCUGGUUUGGUUCUGUUUUAGAUCUUGGUGAGACCUGGAUUAGACCUUGUUCAGCCCUGGUUUAGUACCAAGUUAGACCUUAGUUUUAGACCUUGUUAGUUCAUUUCUACUCUUUACACUUUAUACUAUGAUGCUGUUCUUGUCCGUACCAAAAGCAGGCGUUCCUUGAGAGUGGUUGUCGUAUUGUUUUGGCUGGUUGGUGCAGUCUUCAUGAACUGUCAGGGUAUUGUCCCAUCUCAUUUCAUUACAUCUGAUCUGACGGAGCCGGGUCUGCAUCGUUUGCCUGAUUUCUCCCAUAGCACACCCUCAAUAACUUAUACAGCAUUUUCUCAUGACAAAGAAAGUAGGUGCUAUUCCAAGAUGGCUGCCACUUAUCUAUUUCAGUUCACACUUUUAUCAACUUUUCUUUCACAGACAUAUUAAACUCAGAUUUAACUGGCAUUAUAUUUAGCUUGAAAUGUAGUAGUUUGUUUUUGGGUUUUUUUACUUUCAAGAUGGAUAAAUGUAACACGAAAUCGCUUCCGCAGUAAACGAGAUUAUAGAGUUUAUAUGUCACCUAUUUAAAACACUAUUGCAUAACCGAUUACAGUUAAUAACUUCUUUCUACCCCAAAAUUUCAAAUGUCAUGCUACUUACUUACUGGUCAUGUAGUCUGCUCUGUACUGUAGUUGUGACGCCCUCUGCUGGUCAUCGGAGGGAGUUGUUGCUUUAGUAAUUUUCGCAUAGGUAAACAGUUUAAUUUCUUUGUCAUGAAUUACACGUGCAAGUACAAGUAAAAUAGAUCAGAUGGAUGCUUAGUACCAGAAAUACUUUGCUUUUAGUUUGAAAAUUCAUUUAUGGACCAAAUCUUUCCAUGUGUUUCAGUGUUUAUCCUCAACCUGUCUAUUUUCCAUAGUCAACUGCAGUAACCUACAACUACUAAAGUAUCUAGAGCUCCAAAUGUCUUUUUAAAAUAAGUUCAAUACUUGUUCAGGCAAUAUCGAUUCAAAAUCAUCUUAUCGUGCUAUAUAGUGUGGUCAGCUCACAUCCAGUAACUCAGGAAGUGAUGUGUAUUUUUAUUCAGAGUUUUCAUAUGUUUUAAAUGCAGCCGACCCCAUAUAUUUGAACCUCAAAUCCACUUCUUCUCUAAUACAAAUGCUAUCGGAACGGCUAUUUUAUCUUUUUGUUAACUACUACUGCCUUUGCCCAUUUUCUUUGUAAGACGAAAACCCUAUUAUAAGCUCAAAUUGUACAGAAUGUAUGGCAUUAUAAUAUUAAUAGCCGUUUUUUAGUCAAAUGCGUGCUUUUUUUUUCCUCUAUCUCAAAAGCUGAAGUUAAGCUGGAACAAUAUUAAAAAUGUCAUUCCCAUCGCUGUAUACACAAAAGCUUAUUGAUUUUUUCCAUUAUAUUUCCAUCGUCACAUACCUCUAUUUUCUCAUUUUCUUUAUACUAAUAAUAAUGUUAACGCUUUGACACAGCAUAUAAACUAGUGUAGGAUUUUUUUAACCAAUCAGGGAAUACGCCACGCACUGUCGCUGGGUAGAAUAUUAUUGUAACUAUGAGAAAGACGAUGAUGACGAUACAACAGAAAUGAACAGUAUUUCUGCUUUGUAUUUUAUUGUUUUGAAAUCACAAACUGUCUCUGUUACAAAGUAGGAAUAAAGUUAGAAAAUUUUGUAUAA